AUGACUUCUCAACCCGGUGAUGCCCUGGGUAAGAUUGAUUACUGGCUACAGUAUAUUGACUGUGCGUUGAAGCACCCACGGCCGCUGCCGAGUGGCAAGCAUGCUCAUCGUCACUCCCUAGAGACCAUCCCCGAGGUGGCUGAAUUAUAUCAUUGCAUCUAUAAGCUGUACAAUGAGGAAGAGAGCUCUGUAUGGUUUCGCGAGCCGGUUAAUGCCCUGUCGCAGGAGAUUUUCACGUAUUACGACGUGGUCAAGUCACCCAUGAGCCUGCGACACAUUCUGGACAACAUCGUAAAGGGCGACACCUACUCCACCGCCCUGCAGGUGAUGGAAGACGUGGAGCUCAUCUGGAAGAACUGCAUUGCCUUCAACGGUGCCAACUCACUCUUGGCCACCGAAGCAGGCAAGUGUCGAUCCGCGCUAGAUCGAAUCCGCCGCGCCUACCAGGACGACCAGCGCAUCACCGUCGAUGAGGCCGAGCGGCUCUUCCAGGUCAUCUCGUCGAUGCAGGAGCAGCUGCUCAUCGACAACAUCGCCGAGUACCUCCGCCGAGAUGACCCCACAUCGAUUGACGAGACGGGUGCUGUGAACUUUGACAUGCUCAAGCGGAAGCACUUCCGCAACCUAGAGCGCAUCGUAGACAACUACUCCAAGUCUCGCACGCGGAGCUAG